GUGAUAAAUUACUUCUCCGGACCGGAUCCCUUCACUUGAUUUGUCAGCUUUGCUUUGAGUGUUCAGGCGCUCUUUGGAUUACGUCGUAUAACAAGGUCGAUUCGAUGAACCGAUCUUGUAUAAAAAUUAAUCAAAUUACGUAGCUUUGAAAUACACUUGGAACUGGACUGUAUGUAACAAAUAUAAUUAAUUGUAAUACAUUGCUUAACUUGUAAUCAACGGUAAUAAAUUUACUAUAUAUCUUUUUUUCGCUGCCGUCCUUUGAUACUUAGGCAAGCACAAAAUGUUUAGUUUAUGUAGGAUUCUGAGUACUUCACGGACUCACUGCAGAGCCGCUGUAUCUAGAGCAGAUGUGGGACUGAUACAUCUGUCUAGAAAAGGCUCACCUUCCUCGGACAGCUCAAGUGCUUACUUCAGGCUGUGCUUUGCCUUUAUUUUACUCCUACUCCUUUUAACUCCAAGAGUGGACUCUUCUUGGUGGUACAUCGGAGCACUGGGGGUGCGGGUUAUCUGUGACAACAUCCCAGGCCUGGUGAACAAGCAGCGGCAACUGUGCCAGCAGCAUCCGGACCUGAUGCAGUCGGUGGGCGAGGGUGCUGGCGAGUGGAUCCGCGAGUGUCAGCACCAGUUCCGGCACCACCGCUGGAACUGCAGCACGCUAGACCGCGAUCACAGUGUCUUUGGUCGCAUCAUGCUGCGCAGCAGCCGGGAAGCAGCAUUUGUUUACGCCAUCUCGUCAGCUGGAGUUGUUUACGCAAUUACCCGGGCUUGCAGCCAGGGGGAGCUCAAGAUCUGCAACUGUGACCCUCAUAAGAGAGGCCGGGCCAGGGAUGACAGGGGCGAUUUCGACUGGGGUGGUUGCAGCGAUCAUGUCAACUUUGGGAUCAAGUUCGCCAAGGCCUUUGUGGACGCCAGGGAGAAGACAGUUAGGGACGCCCGUGCCCUGAUGAACCUACACAACAACCGCUGUGGAAGAAUGGCUGUGAAGCGGUUUAUGAAACUAGAGUGCAAGUGUCAUGGGAUCAGUGGCUCGUGUCAACUGCGGACAUGCUGGUUAGCUAUGUCCGACUUCCGGAAGACUGGGGACUACCUCCGGAAGAAAUACAACACAGCCAUCGAGGUCACGAUGAACCAGGACGGCACAGGCUUUGCGGUCCCCAAGAAGGCCCUCAGGAAGGUGACCAAGAGCGAUCUGGUGUUUGUGGAGAGCUCUCCUGACUACUGCCUUAUGGAUAAAGUGGCAGGCUCCUUGGGCACAGCGGGACGCGUCUGCAACAAGUCGUCACAUGGGCCGGACGGCUGCGAGAUCAUGUGCUGCGGCCGGGGAUACGACACGAUGCGCGUUUGGCGCAUCACCCAAUGCGAGUGCAAAUUCCGCUGGUGCUGCGCGGUAGAGUGCAAGGACUGCGAGGAAGUGGCCGAUGUUCACUCCUGCAAGGCCCCCAAACAUGCCAACUGGCGGGACCACACCUAAAAUCGCAUGCCCCCAGUCUCAGGAUUUUCUUUGGGGGGGGGGGGGGGGGGUUAGGCUGAGAGUCAAUUUAGUAUUACCUCCCAUUCCACAUUUUUGUCCAUUCACUUUGCAUGACUUACUCAAAGGGCACUAAAACUAAACUUUUCCUACUGAAAGGUAGAUGCAUACAGUAAGAACCAACUUUAUCAACUUAUCUAUCAUGCUUUGUAUGUAUUGUAAGGUCAAGGACUGCGUUUUCUGCAGUAACUGUGAACGUUUCGUGUAUUUUAAUGAUUUCUCUGUAGUUAGGGCCUGAAAACAGAAGUACUUCUUCCUUGAUACUGAAGUGCAAAAUUAUGCACUGAUUUUGAGACAUUUGGAAGACACUUUUGUACCAAAAUAAAUUCAAGCUUCUA